AUGUCGGGAACAACAGCUUCAAAUGCAUCUAGUCCUCUAGAUCUCUAUGAACCCCUCGAGAUUAUCGGGAAUGGGUCCUUUGGAAUUAUUCGUAAAGUUCGACGGAAGUCGGAUGGAGAGAUCCUUGCGAGGAAGGAACUUAAUUUCGAGAAGAUGUCGGAAAGAGAUAGGAAGCAGAUUGUAGCUGAAGUGAAUAUUCUGAAGGACUUGCACCAUGAGAACAUCGUUAGAUACAUUGACAGAUUUGUGGAUAGGGAUGCUGGCAUUCUGUACAUCCUAAUGGAGUACUGCGAUGGAGGAGAUCUCUCCUCAAUUAUCAAACAGAGCGCGCGAUCCGGACGCACCCUACCCGAAGACACAGUAUGGUCAUAUUUCCUUCAACUCUUACUUGCACUGCAGCACUGUCAUUGCCCGAACUCGAAAGACGAUGGUAGCUCGGACGGUAAACGGCAACAGAUAUUGCAUAGAGAUCUGAAGCCAGAGAAUGUAUUUAUUAGCAAAGGAAGCAUGGUCAAGCUAGGUGACUUCGGCUUAUCAAAAGCCCUCACCCAGACUUCCUUUGCGAAUACCUACGUUGGAACUCCGUACUACAUGUCUCCGGAACUGAUUCAGGAAAAGUCAUACGAUACGAAGAGUGAUAUCUGGUCCCUCGGUUGUUUGAUAUACGAGUUGUGUGCUCUCAGGCCACCAUUCCACGAGGCUCAGACGCACAGCGAAUUGUCAAUGUUGAUCCGCAAUGGUCGGAUACCUCCUUUACCGAAGGGUUAUUCCCAAUCAUUGAACCACAUCAUCAAGGCCAUGCUCAACUUGAACCCUGCAAUGAGGCCUUCCGCACAACAACUUCUUCAACACGAGCGUAUCGACUUUGCUCGCAAAGUGGCUGAUACGGAAAAGAUGCUUAUUUCUGUGAAGGCCCAUAAAUCGAAUGUUAUUGCGAAGGAACGUGAGCUUCAAAACCUCAGUGCCGCCCUGGCGCAACGAGAAGCAUCGCUAUCGACCAUCAUCGAGCAAAAGGACGCCGAAAUUUCUCGUCUGACGGACAUUGUCGCCCAAGCUGAUGAGCGCAUCAAGCGAGCUGUGACAGCUAGAGAGGAAGAGCUCCGUGUAGCAGUAAUGCGUAUGGAAGCCAAAGCACGCACGGCCAUGACUCGCAGAGAGGAAGAAAUCCUUGAAGCUGUCAAUAAAAGGGAAGAGGAGAUCAGCACACUGUGGCAGAAAAGGGAGGAGCAACUGCGAGAGGAACUUCGGUCUGCCAUUCAAUGGGUGGAAACUCGUCAGAAGGACCUCGCAGAAGAAGCGGAAAGGAUAGAGACCGCAAGACUAACGUUAGAGAAGGAAGUCGAAGCGAUACAGCAGUAUUCUAAAGGUCAAAAGAAAAAGGCCCCUUUGGAAGAAGUCAAGAACCUCAUCACACCAUAUAGACGCGUUGCUUUUGAGGAACCCGAUGAAUACGAGAAUACUCCCCGGAAAUAUGCACUCUCUGAUAUGGAGACACCUUCCGCAAAUCCGCAUCACUUCCGUGACCUUGAUACACCGUUACCAGUGAAAAAUGGUACUUGCCAGGAAUUGUCAAUCGCUGUCCUAGGUUCCGCAAUGCGAGGCGUUGUCCUUACCGCGACAGGAGAGGCCUUGAAGACGCCGGCACCGUUUGCGCCUGCACGUGCUGGGCUCACCAGAAUCGUCAAGAAUACACCCGCAGUCCCGCUCAAGUUCAGCAAGUGCUUUGACUUCAGUGAAUCUGAGGAUUCAGACGAUGGUCCCGAACCUGACAAUGACGAUGAUGACGCGUAUACUGCAGAGACAGUCGUUACCACAACGACUCGAUCCGGUUCGGCAUCGGAUCACGGUGCCGCGGAAUUGAAUAGUCCGACGAAGAACGUGAAGGCGCGGAACCGCCCAAGGCAAAGCGGUGAGGGAGCUACUGCUACUGCAUCGUCCUCAUCUGGCUCCCUUUCGGCGCGUACGCGGGCGACAGCACGUAGGCCAUCGUCGUCCAAGCCGAGAACUUCUGCUGUACCAUGUGCUCUAAAGCAAUCGCCUCAGAAGGUGGCAGUGAAGAGGGUCAGUCAAGUGGCACAGACGAAGAUUCGUCGACCCUCUACUAGACCAUCAAACGGACGUCCAAGCUUGCCCAAAUCUGCUUCGACGCCAGCACUCUCCACUGUCGCGGUACCUUCGUCCACGUCCGCAGCAGCGAAGAAGGUCCUUCCACUUCCUCCUACACCUCAUUACGACCCUUCAGACGAAGAGAACUUCCCGAGUCCGUUCUUGCGACGCGUAGAGCGUGCCAAGAUGACACGCGUGAGUGGUGCUGGUAUCUCAGCUGGUACGCGAAGGAAGAGCGCGCAGAUUUUGUUGCGUGCGAAGGCUGCUGCGAAUGCGGUCAAGGAUACUCAUGCUAAUAAUGCCGUUUCUGCUCCUGUAACGACUGCGGCUGGAGUCAAAGCUUCAUAGCGUGAU